UGCCGUGGGUAUGUUUCUGUGACUGUUCAGAGAUGAUGUCGGACUGUUCAAAGUUUUCCGUUUAUUUCGCAACGUGAACUGAGGAGUCCUAACACACAACAAAAAAAAAUGGAAGUGGCAAUGCCUAUGUCGGGCAGCGCCAUCGACUGCUACGAAGACAUGUUUAAGGAAAUCACUAGGAAACUCUACGGCGAAGAAGGAUUACCGGAAUUAAACACCAAUGACAGACUAACAUCCACGAGCCAAGACCGAGGGUUAACACCAAUUGACUACGAGGUGGACAACCCGCUAUUAAAACCAGAAGAACACCUGACCGCAUUUGGACUAGCAGCGUUGAUGCAGAAUGGUUUUCCUCCAAGCGGUAUAUUAAACUCGGGAUUCCAAGCGCAUAAACUGAACACGGGAAUGGUUUUAGGUUCGGUUCUAGAAGACAAAUGGAUUAGCAGCGAGGAGAACCUACAGUGGACUCAGUCCAAAAUAGCAACAUAUAACCCUUCCCAUAAGUUGUUCCGCUGUACUGAGUGUGACUGUGUGGGAUACCUCUUAAGAGUAGCAGAGCAUUGGUUGGGAACUCACUCCACUGUACGCGCUUUCCAUUGUUCUCAGUGUCCGUACGAAAGUGCUUGGGCUAGAUGCGUCAGGAUACAUUUAAGUCGUCAACACAAUAUAAACACGGACGAAUCCUGCGACACACUGACAAAAGAUAACCCCAUUUUACAGGAAAUAGUGAAGUAUCUACAGAGGUUGAAAAAUAAACUCGAAAAUAAUUGCGGGAAGUCUGCGCAAUGCGCCAUACCUCAAAGCGAAGAGUUCCACAAUCAAACAGUAACGAGUAACACAAACGUUCCAGUCACAAACCAAUUAGGUGCAUCCCCAACUACGAGUAUAAGUAACGAUCAAAAUAGUUCCACUACUAAAAGGUACAGCUGUACGUUCUGUCCUUACGCUACAGACAGAAGAGAUCUGUUCACUCGUCAUGAAAACAUCCAUAGAGAAGAAAAACCUUUCCAGUGCUAUGUAUGCCAGAAGCAGUUCAACAGAGCAGACCACGUAAAAAAGCACUUCCUUCGUAUGCACAGAGACCACCCUUACGACCUCAACAGGAUACGAAGACAUCCUCCAAAAAACUCAUCCGGUAUGUCUUAUUACCAAAAAUACAACUCCAGUCCUCACACCCAACCCCCCGACUCGAUAAACUCCUUAUCCACAAUGAGCUCCUUAUCGAUCCCUGGAUUUAACAACAUCAGUAGAAACCUGAGUAACUCACGUGUACAGCAACCCGACACGAAAAGUAUAGGGAAAAUAACGAACGGGGCGAAAUCCGGAGGGAAGAAGAAAGGAGAGAAACGAUUUACGUGCUGCUACUGCUCGUGGUCAGGAGUGGAUAACUGGUGCCUUAAGAGACAUAUGAACACGCAUUUAAAACCGUUCGUGUGCGGUUUAUGCGACUACAAAGCCGCCAGAUCGGAAAGGCUGGCCACACACGUGCUGAAGGUACACAACAAGAGGGCAUGCGGCAAGUGCAAUUACUUGGCCGAUGACUUGACUCAGCUUUCUGUCCACCAACAGGAGCAGCACCCCUUAGAAAACAGGAAUAGGUCGAGCAGUAGUAACGUCUUGCGAACCAGUACCAACAGCUUUAACGGCAAUUCCGCCGUUUCUUCAACUAAUUCCAUCGCAAACAGCAAUCCUUCUUCUUGCAGCCAGGGAUUGCUCAAGAGCCACGACUUAAGCGCAGCUGCGGCCCUGCUGCAACACAGCAACAGAUUCCUGCAAACGGAAACGAAGUCCUGGAAAAGCCACAUACCGAAACAACACGGAGCAGCUCGCCUGUUCAACUACAUGGAAGCAAGCGACGGAUCGGACCAAGAAUCCGACCAUCGACCGUCGGAAGAGAUCGGCAGGGCCAGUCUGACCCAUAACAUCCAAUCGGAUUUUCCUGAAGCGGGAGAUGUUGGUAGUCAGGUCGACGAGGAAAACGGAGAGGAAAUGGAGCUCCCUUUGUUCGUCUGCCCCACGUGCGGUUGCGAAUUCGAAGAUGACCUGUCCCUCGAGACGCAUCAAUAUACGCACCGACACAGCGCCACAUCUCCCGCCAAAACCGAUGACUCUAAAGAGAAUGUCGAUCCUGAUCUGAAGUACAGGUGUCGAUUGUGCGAGGCUUCCUUCGACAGCCAGUGGUCGAUCAUGGCACACAUGUCGGCUCAUUCUAGUCUGUGUAUCAAACCUGUAAUACCUUCGGUGGUGCGCUGCAAGCGGCCUAGGAAGCAAAGUCAACCAAAGAAACUAGUUCUACCCUUUUGGGAUUCCGACGAGGUCGAGGUGUUAAGACACUUGAACUGUAAGUUGAGGAAGUGGCGUGGAGCGGUCGCAUCUUCUAAAGAUGGCGUCAGUAAGUUAGUGGACAAGUACAUGGCUCAGUUGGUGACCAGGCGAGGACUGACUUGCAUCUGGUGCAAAAACUCGGGGCUAAGUAGGUACCAUACGAAGGGCAGCCUAGCGUUGCACUACUACUGGAGGCAUUCGAAGAGGAAAUACCGAUGUGAGCAUUGUGAUAUGGUUUUCCGGCACAGAUACCAGUGCGUGCUGCACAGCAGUCGCAUACACACAAGUCAGAAGCCUCAAAUAGUGCCUACGGUGCUUCCCAAAGAAACAACUCAUUUGGCCCUAAGUGCUGAAUCUGUAUGCUCUUCCCAGGACACCAACCAUUUCUUUAGUAAUUCUCAUACUGUAUAUGUACCUGACUCAACAAUGUCAAAUGCACAUAAAUUAGGGAUGUCUUUCUUUGAUCAUUCUUUUAUACAUUCUACUACCGCAAUCAACAACCACAUGCCAAUCAUUAUUCCGACCUUCCCACCAAAUUGAAUUUAUUUUUCGAUUAGGUACUAAUGAAGUGGCCUUUAAAUCUAUUUUUUUGAAAGAUGUUCUUAGAAGUGUUACGUUUAACAAUUGCUGAUUUUCUUUCUACAUUGGGAACAUUAACGACGAUUUUUAUAUCAAAUAUUGAAAUGUCUUUAUAUUUCGCUAGCAUUUAUUGGAAACGGUGUGCAAUAUUGUUCUUUAAACUAUCUUUUUAUAUUUAUUUUAAUGUAAAAACUGCAAUGUUUUCGUUGUUUUAUAUAUUUUUACGUAUAUGUUUCAUGUUACUGU